AUAAAACAUAUGAGAUAUCGACUUUGCUGUCAAAAGCAGUCUUUUUUUUUGUAGUGUGUCUAACACACACGAUACCUCAAAAUACAGCGCGUGCCACUUAAAAAUUUCGACGGUCACACAUAGAAAAACAAUAAGAAAAACUAUUUGAAAAAAUUACACACAAUUGAAAUUUGUUUGGGCUAAUUGGAAUAAACCAGUAUGGGUAACGUGCUAGCGGCUUCAUCCGGCAUCGAGUCAACAACGGCGCGCAGCAACAGUGUUGCAGCCAGUUUGGGAUUGCCGGAACCAACAUCAUCAUCAUCACCAACAUCAUCAUUAUCAUCGCAAUUGCAUACAGAGGCAGCCGCAUUAAUUGCGGCCGAUGUGAGCGAUGUGGGCAAGGAUAAAACACUGGAGAAUCCCGGCACUGUCGAGGAAUUGCACAAGAAAUGCAAAGAUGUACAGGCCAUCACCUUUGAGGGCGCCAAGAUCAUGCUGAACAAAGGUCUGAGCAAUCAUUUUCAGGUAUCGCACACGAUCAACAUGAGCACCACGGUGCCGAGUGGUUAUCGCUUUGGCGCCACCUAUGUGGGCACUAAGCAGUACAGCCCCACCGAGGCAUUCCCGGUGCUACUGGGCGAUAUUGAUCCAUCCGGAAAUCUGAAUGCCAAUGUUAUACAUCAGUUUUCGUCGCGUUUGCGUUGCAAGUUUGCAUCGCAGAUUCAGGAAUCAAAAGUGAUGGCCACACAGCUGAGCACAGAUUAUCGAGGCAAUGAUUUUACCGCAUCCCUCACAUUGGGCAAUCCCAGUAUAUUUACCAAUUCCGGCGUUAUUGUUGGCCAAUAUCUGCAAUCGGUAACACAACGCACCGCCCUCGGUGCCGAGGUGGCCUAUCAAUACGGUCCAAAUGUGCCCGGACGUCAGAUAGCCAUUGUUUCGGCGCUGGGACGCUAUUCGAAUGGCGAUUCCGUUUGGUCCGGCACAUUAGGGCCAAGUGGACUCCAUUUGUGCUAUUACCAAAAGGCCAGCGAGCAACUACAAAUCGGCGUCGAAGUGGAAACAAGUUUGCGUAUGCAGGAAUCCGUUGCCACAAUUGCCUAUCAAAUUGAUUUACCCAAAGCGGAUUUGGUUUUCAGAGGCUCCAUUGAUUCAAAUUGGCAUAUUUCGGGUGUGCUGGAAAAGCGUUUACAACCGUUGCCAUUUUCCUUUACGUUGAGUGGACGCAUGAAUCAUGUGAAGAAUAACUUUAAGCUCGGCUGUGGACUAAUGAUUGGUUAGGUUCCACAAAGCACACAUAAUACACACACACACACACACAUGCAAUCCACAGCAGCAAGAAGCAACAACAUCAACUGUAACAUCAUUAUCAUCAUGAUCCACAUAGGAUCCACAUGGCAUCCACA